AUGAAGGGGCGACUGAGGCUUUACAAUUCUAUUACAAAGACGAUGGAGGAUUUUGUAGCAGGAAAGGAUGGAGAAGUGAAGAUGUACAUAUGUGGGCCUACGGUGUACGACUCGCCUCAUAUAGGACAUGCAAGAACUUAUGUGAUGUUUGAUGUUAUUAGACGAGUGCUCAGAGACUACAUGAGGUACAAUGUGGAGUUUGUGAUGAACAUCACAGAUAUUGAUGAUAAGAUCAUUAUCAGAGCCAAUAGUCUAGGUGUACCUAUUGGAGAGGUUACGAAGAAGUACACAGAUGAGUUUUUUGAUGACAUGAAGGCGCUGAAUGUGGAGUAUCCGCUUGUUGUGACGUAUGUAACGGCUUAUGUUGAGAAGAUUGUGAAAUUUAUUGAGGAUAUUGAGAAGAAUGGAUAUGCAUAUGAAAGCAAUCAGAGUGUGUACUUUGAUUUGGUGAAGUAUAAGGAGAAGUAUGAGUAUCCAGUGAUGAGGAAUUCUGAAGGAAUUAACUUUGAUGGAGAUGAGAACAGUGACAAGAGGAAUGCAUGUGACUUUGUGUUAUGGAAGAAGUCAAAGGAGAAUGAGCCAUCAUACAAAUCUAAGUGGGGAGAUGGAAGGCCUGGAUGGCACAUUGAAUGCAGUGUGAUGUCGAGCGAUGUGUUUGGAGACAGCCUUGACAUACAUGCAGGAGGGAUUGAUCUUGGAUUUCCACAUCAUGAGAAUGAGAUAGCGCAAUGCCAAGGAUAUUUUAUGAAGAAGCCGUGGACAAAGUACUUCUUGCACACUGGGCAUCUUAACAUCAAUGGAAUGAAGAUGUCAAAGUCUCUCAAGAACUUUACGACUAUCAAGGAGAUGCUGGUGAGAACAAGUGCACGGCAACUUAGGAUAAUGUUUCUGCAUCAUCAUUGGAAUAAGGAUAUGAAUUAUGAAGAGGAGCAGCUGAAGUUUGCAGAAAGUGUUGAUAAGAAGAUCUCAAAUUUCAUGUCGGUGACUGAAAGCAUCGCGAAAAACUUACUACAGGCUACUGAAUUGAAUGAAGCAGGAAAAGAAAUUAUUGCAGAAUUGCGGAGCACACAAAAAGCAGUGCAUACUGCAAUAUUAGACAAUAUUGAUAUGCCAGCAGCGAUGAAGAGGAUCAUGGAAAUGAUUAACUUUACAAACACUAGGAUGUGGAAUGCGCCAGCAGGUGUUAUUCUAUCUGUCAGGAAGUAUGUCAGCGGCAUUCUUGAUGUAUUUGGACUUUACGACAAGCAAGUUGAAACCUCUGGCAAUGAGGAUCUGAUUGCACAGAUGAUCUGUGAGUUCAGGGGAGAUGUAAGACGAAUGGCCAGGCAGAAAGAGCCACAUUCAAAGUUCCUUGAAAGAUGCGAUAGGGUUAGAGACGACAUCAAGGGACACGGAUAUCUAAUUGAGGAUAAAAAUUCAGAGUCAAUCAUAAGAAGGAAGUAA